AAAUAAAACUUGGCCCUUGGAUUGAUCCGGGGUAACUCAGUCAGAAAUAUGGCACGUGAGUGUUCCUGGACUGGCUGGACAACUGGGGUUCGAUUCACGGUAGAGACAGAAAUUUUAUCUUGUAAACGUGUGUAAAAUGGUUCAUUCCAAGUGAAAGACGUAAUAAUGAGCGGAUAGUGAAGGCGCCAAUGGGUCGCGAUGUGGCGGCGGACUAGGAAGUUUUUUAACUUUGUGAGUUUAUUUCAUCUCUACAAAUAGCUCCGCGGCGACCCGGGAGAGAGCAAAUAAAACGCCAAGUAACCAUCGUUGCGCCUGUUCCUGGCGCGAACGGGGUUCAUUCGAGUGAGAUCUCAGCAACGCGGAGGGUGGUUGAGUAAUAGGGAAAUUGUCGUUUAAAAACUUCCCUUCUGAGUUCCCAUGCUGCUUUAUUAAGUGACAUUGAUAUGUGAGAUCGCGUAAAGGAGGAAUAUGAGGGUAGUUCCGUAGGAAAAGUGCGAACCAAAGCAGAUAGGAGUGUAGCAGUUGUAAAUCUAGAAUCAGAGAACUUAACACCUAGAUGCCUCUUGUCUGGUUUCCAGCGAUAAAUAUGUUUGAUAUUGAACAGAUGAGAAAUGCCGAGACGGUUUAGUAGAAAAUGUUCAACAGAAAUUUAAUAUUGUGAUUACAGAAGCACGAGGGCUCGAUGCUGAACAGACUGUGUUCAGAAACGUCUUUUUUAUGAUUUUUUUACGCGGUCAGAUUUAUGAUCGUAGUUGAUGUUCAAAGCAGCAGUAAGAAGUUCGGAUUUGGGUGGCGAUUAUCGUGACCUGUUCCAAAGUAGUAUUCCAUCCGCAUCUCCCAGAAAACCUGAAAAACCCACGUAAAAAUCUCAGGAUACAUUUAACUGGCCGAGAUUCGAACUGGGUACGUCUGAACACAAGUGCAGAGGAACAUGACUGCACAGAGAACGAAGCUGCAGCUUGGAUUUGUGUAAUUGAGCCAAAAUACCGUCAGCUGUUUCUGCAGUAUGUCCUGAGUUUUGUGACACAGAAACUGCUAAUUGUGUUUGCUAACCAGCGCUGUGAUGCGAGUGUCACCCAGUCGUGUGUGCGAAGGACACAUGCAGUCUUAAGUAGCAAGGCGGCGUUGUCAUCGAAGUGAAGGAAGAUCCGUCGAGUCUGUGUUCAGGCGAAGUGGGCGGAAGUGAUGCAGUGACGUAGUAGCGAAGAUUGUGAAUCGUAUAUAGAACCGCCUGUUAAAUGGGUGCAGUAGCGCAGUAGUGUUUUGGUACGACCGAGGAUGAGUGCGGAGGAUGAAGACGAAGCAGCGAUUGAACAAGAGCUUGCGUUGGAUCUUUGGGAAGGACAAUUCGAAUUCGUAGGUGGGGGUUACGGUGGCGAUGGUUUAGGGGACGGCGGGGUCUGUGUUCGUGGUGGUGGUGGAGGAGAAGGACCUGUUCACAUAAUACCUCCGCUGAGACUUGGCAGUAACGGAGCUAAGAAGACAGAAGCCCAUUUUUGGUGUGAAGAUCUUACGGAACAAGUUCAGAUGCUUCAGCAACAAGUCAGUGUGCUGGCAGACAAUCAGAACAACACUGACGAUCGCUAUACUCGUGCCAAACAGGACAGCGCGGCUCUUCAGGCUCGAGUUCACAUGUUGGAAGAACAACUGCGAGAAUCUGAGCUCCGAGCUGAGGAACGUCUUCAGGAGGAGCAGAAGAGGCAUCGAGAACUGGUGGUGCGGAUAGAGAGGGAGAAGCAGCUGCAAAUAGAGAACUGCAACAUUAGGUUACAGACAUUGGAAUUAGAAGGAGCAAGCCUACGAGAAGAAUCUACGAGGCUUCGCUCACAAGUUGAACGGCUACGAGCAGAGAAACAGGCAUCUGAAGAGCAAAGAGGAGAGGAAGCAGUGAUAUUGGCAGCCUUGAGAGAAGAACUGCAGACGCUGCGGGAUGUGGAGCGGAGAGCAAAGGAUGAGAGGAUAGCAAAUGCACAGGUGGUCGAAGAGUUAAGUUCAGAAAUAGAACGACUAAAGGCAGAUCAGAGGGGAGCGCACAAUCUGGAAGCUCGAAGCCAGUCAGAAUUGAAUGGGAAACUUCAUGAUGACCUUACAGCAAGAUUAAAUGAGCUGCAGAUGGAGGUGACUGGUUUACGGCACCAAAACAAAAAUCUUCAAGAGACAAAUGAAGAACUACAGGCACAGAUGCUGACGCGGAGUUUGGAAGAAGGUCGCAACUUGCUGACUGGUGUUGGCAGUGGGAAUAGUUUAGCUGAAGAGCUAGAGGCCAUGUCUGCGCAGGAGUUGAGGGAUAAUACUCAGGAACAAAUCACCCUAGAGAAGAUGAGGACAGCUCUCAAGGAGCAACAAGAAGUUAAUUCACAGUUAAGGUCAUAUAUUGAUGGUAUUCUGCUCAAUAUUGUCGAUAAUUACCCUCAGCUUCUGGAGGUGAAGACACAUUGAACAUGAAGGUGAUGAGAGAACUUCAGGAACUUUGUAUGGUGAUCACUUACCAAGUUGACAGUUGGUUAAUGGUGCCAAGUAUUCAGUGUAGUUCAAGUGUUUUACAAACUCUAAUGGAAACUGUGGAGAAGUUGUGUGAAUUCUAUCAAGAGUACAGAUAUGCAUUUGCAUGCGAAACUUGCUGUAAUUUUUGUUCCUACAGCCAAUGAGCUUUCUUAUCAUUACUGUUUCUCUUUAUAUGAGAUUAUUAAGUGUUGCCACAGGCAAAAGUAAGUAUUUUAAUACUUUCAAUUAAUUGGACUCCUGCCAUGCUGAGGAAAUGUACUGUGAUGAAACAUUUAAGAAAUUUUAAGCUCUUUAUUAAUCUGUACAGAAAAUUUUAUAUUUUUAUGUCGAUUUAAAGUAUGCAAGAUGCUAAAUACUGCAGAAAUAUGUGGUGUCAUAUGUGUUUGUAUGAAAUGAAGAUAAUUAGUGAUAAAUCCAUCCAAGUGACUGAUAAUGAAAAGGUUCCCAAGAUCUACACUGCUCAGCAAAUGAAGAAGUUAUUAAUAGUUUUGCUAUUUAAAAUUUGUUGUUAAACAUUAUGAAAUGUAACUGACAUAUCACAUGUAAGGAAUUACACAAUGGAAUUAUAUUUCCUUACUCAGCAACAAAUACACUCAUUACCAUUAUACCAUAA